GUGACGUUAUCCCAAAAACUACGUAUGUAGGUACCCCCGCUAGUUUACAGCCCACCAUCUUUGAUUCUUCAGUGUCCGUGAUCAUUAAAGUACCUAAAUUGCCUACCUAUUGUUUCUACGUAGAAACUUUGCGCCAGAACAUUAGAAUCCCUUGUAUAGCCCGGCCAGGCGCAAACUUCGACCAAUCCCCCGCUUCAACGAACCGAACAUCCCUCUUUUCGUAUAGGGCCAUCAAUUGCUUAUACUACUCCGUCUCAAGAUGCCUCCAAAGAAGAAGGAUGAGCCCAAGGGCAAAAAGCCUUCGGCUGCCAAGGUUGCCGAGGACAAGACCUUCGGCAUGAAAAAUAAGAAGGGUGCUGUUGCCCAAAAGCAUAUCAAGCAGAUCCAGGCGACAGCCAAAGCCGGAGGUAGCGCAGAAGAGAAAAAGAAGCAAGCCGAAAAGGAUGCUCGAGCCCGCGAGAAGAAGGCCGCCGAAGAUGCUAAGCGAGAGGCCGACCUACUACUCAACAAACCAGCACAGAUCCAGAAAGUUCCCUUCGGUGUCGAUCCCAAGACUGUUGUCUGUAUAUUUUUCAAGAAAGGCAACUGCGAGAAAGGAAAGAAGUGCAAAUUCGCACACGAUCUCUCGGUUGAACGAAAAACCGAGAAGAAGAAUCUCUAUACCGACGGUCGGGGAGAAGAGGAAGAGAAGAAGAAGCAGGAGACAUCUGAAGACUGGGACGAGGAGAAGUUGCGAAAAGUUGUCCUUUCCAAGAAGGGCAACCAAGUCACUACCACCGACAAAGUCUGCAAAUUCUUCAUUGAAGCGAUUGAAGACGGAAAAUACGGUUGGUUCUGGACAUGUCCAAACGGAGGCGACAAAUGCAAGUAUAAGCACGCUCUUCCACCAGGUUUUGUGCUUAAGACGAAAGAACAACGCGCAGCCGAGAAGGCUCUCAUGGAUAAAUCUCCGCUCAAGACUCUAACCCUCGAAGAUUUCUUAGAGUCGGAGAGACACAAGCUUACCGGAACGCUUACGCCUGUCACUCCAGAAAGCUUUGCGAAAUGGAAGAAGGAUCGGUUAGACAAGAAGGCGGCCGAGGAACAAGCCCGCCAAGCCAAGGAAUCAACCGGCCGUGCCCUGUUCGAGAGUGGUAACUGGAGAUUCACAGAAGAAGACGAGUCCGAAGAUGAAGACGAAGAGGAUAGUGCCUGGAAUCUAGAAAGGCUAAGACAAGAAACGCAGGCCAUCCGAGACAAGAAGGAAGCAGACCGGAUAGCGACGGCCGCAGGAUACUCGGCCGACUCUACUCAACCCCCAGAUACCGGCAAUGGUACCCCUGUAACCGCAGGCGCCUGAUACCUAGUCCCAUCUUAGUAGAGUAAUGGAGUGAAAUCUCCAAGUAAAUCAGCGUCCCACCCUGGAAGAUGGGCGCUCAAUGCAAGUGCCUCGUCGAAACCAACGGCAUGCCAGCAGGUCAGCAUCACCUAUCGCAUUCUGGACUACAGAAACUCAGCGUAG